AUGAACCCCUACGCCUACGUCCCCAAUCCUCACCAGUACGCGCAAAACCCCUACAACCUCAUGCUCCCGCACCUCUUCCUCCAGAACCAGGCCGCCCUCGCCGCAGCCUACCACCACCACCACCAGCAACAUCCGCAGCAGUACCUGCGCCCGCGCCUCCCCUCCCCCGGGCACGCCCAACGCCCCACCGUUCACGUCCAGCACCCCGCGCCCAACCCGCCGCCCCAGGCGGCCGCGAGUAAGGCGCGGAACGAGCUCGCCCAGGCCGGCGAGGGCGUGACGGGGUGGAAGGUGGCCCAGGCGGCGCUCGCGGCGCUCAAGGCCGACUCGUGGGAAUCGCUCGGCGUCCGGCUCCACGACGUGCCCAUCCUGCGCGACCUCUUCCUUAUCGAGGGCACGGUGAAUGCAUUCAUCCAUUGUUAUGUUGCAGCAAGACAAAUUGUGUCUAUUCAUGACCUGGAGGUUGAGAUAUGCAAGAACGAGGGCAUUAGGCAGUUCGAAGAGCUGAGGCUGGGGCCUUUUCUUCAGCACCCACUUGUUGUACAUUACUUUUUGGUACCUGCUGAUUUGUCCAAGGUGCCUAAGCUUAGUAGUGAGGAUAUUGUCAACUGCCUGCAGAAGUUUAUUGAUAAUUUUAAGGAGAAAGUCACAGCGGAAAGUUUCUUGGAUUAUCUAGCGGAACAAAAAUCAGUCUCUGGGAAGGAGAAACUUGGCGUGCGUGUACAGAGCUUGGGGUUGCACAUUUCGUUCCUCCAACAGGCCAGAAGAAAUGAAGUUGAUGCUAUUCAACUUCUAGCCAAGACCAGUGGUUCUGGUGAUAGCACUUGUCAGAAGGAUCUACGAAAACAUACAGAUUUUCAUUCGGGAAAGAAACGGAAAUAUCAGGAAAAUAGGACUCCUAGCUCUUCAUGCAAACAGCCUACCAAGCGCCAAAAGGUGCAAAUGGUAAUGAAUGAAGCAUCACCCAAUUGCUACCUAAGUACAGCUAAGCUGGAGAAAUUCAUAACAACCUGGAAAGAAGCAUGCCGUGAACUUCCAGUUCAACAGGUUUUGGAAUUGCUAGCAGAUUACUAUGCAGAAACACCAGAAGAAAAGAGGAACUUAAUAAAGAUAUUCUCGCAAUACCCAGGCAUUGGCUUCCUAAAUGUUGCAGUUAGAUCUAUGGCUUUUGGUCUGCUGGAUAGUAUUUAUGAUGCGAUCCAUGUAUUUAGUGAGAAUAAAUUGUCAUCAAGUCCUAUUCCUAACAGCACAACAGAGGUUAUGGAAAUUGAACCCUUGAGUAAAGAAAAUGCUGAAUUUAUUGCUGAAGGAGCCAAUGAUAGCAAUGAGCCUGGACCGAAUGCCACAACUGAUGAUGUUGUCAGGAGAAUUACUGAAUAUUUGGAGUCCAACUGUGGAGUAUCUGGAGCUGAAGCUUUGCAGGUGGAAAAUAUUAAAUUCCUGAAGACACUUCAUGAUUGUGAAACAUGUGUAACUAAUCAUUUUUCUGCCAAGCAUUUCACUUCUCUUGGCCAUGGGACUUUCCUUGAGUUUUUGGAAAAAUAUGGUCAUCAGUUCCCCCCUAAGUUGAGUAGUUUCUUGAAGGGGCGAAAUUCUGGUUCUUUGUCCCUGGAAGUUUCUGUACUGCGGCAACAGAUUGAAGUUUUACUCUCCCAAGCUGAGGGCAACUGGCUAGAAGAUGGGGACUUUUCAGGGGAUAGUUUCCUUAUGCUUCUCAAAAGGCAGUUCCCAACAAUUAGUUUUGAUAUGGCACAAUACAAGUCUGACGAAGGACUUGUUGGUUCUGCAGAGAGACAGAGGAAGAGCAUACAAACAAAUAAUGUCACGUUUUCUAUCUCGCUGUUGGAGAAACGGUGGUCCGGAAUGUCUCCAGGUGAGCAUAAUAUUGCUGGUGGGCAGAGGGACAAUGCUGUUGAACCAUCUUAUAAUUCUGGAACAGUUUCUUCACGAGAAGCAGUUAACUGUUUACUUAAGGCUCCAAUGCUCUCAGAUCUGCUUCUUUGGUCACAUUGGGAUAUGUUGUUUGCUCCUUCACUGGGCUCCUUCAUACACUGGCUGCUGAAUACAGGUCCAGUUCAACAGCUAGCUUGCAUUGUGACCACGGAUGGUAAGUUCAUCAGGGUAGAUCCAUCAGCCACUGUAGACCAAUUUUUAGAAGCCAUUGUUCAAUGCUCACCAUUUCAAGUGGCAGUGAAGCUGCUUUCCUUGCUGCACAUUUACAAUGGUUCUACGAACACUCCAAUUUCAUUACUGAAGUGUUAUGCACAACGAGCAAUAGGUAUCAUAAUCAACAACAACAAUGAUCCAGUGAACACUAAUUCUGAACGCAAAUCUGUGACUGAGGGAUCCUAUAAUCUGAGUACUGAACAACGUGACCACUCUACUCAUUUUGUUGGCCAUGUUCAACAAAGGUCUCAGCCAUCUUCUGCAGGAAACUUCAUGUCUGAUAUUUUAGCAAACAUUGAUGACACUGUUCAUUUUGUUGCCAAAUUUGUUCUUGAUUGUCUUGGUUAUCUACCUUCUGAAUUCCGGAGUCUUGCAGCAGAUAUACUUUUGUCCGGACUUCGAACAGUUACCAAAAAUUGCUAUUCAGCCAUCUUACAUGAAGCCACAGAAACUUGGCAGCUUUGCAUGCUUCAUGAUAUUGGGUUGUCACUUGGAAUUGCCGAGUGGGUUGAAGAUUACCGUAGAUUCUGUUUAACUGAAAAAGUUCACACAAAGACAGAAGCACAUUCUUCUUCUGGGCAUACAUCAGCUGCAUCUGAAGUACCUACACUUGAAAACUCUCUCAUGCUUAUUCCUCAUGAUGUUGAUAUGAUGGAUGAUAAUAGUAAAUCAUUUCAUGGGGAAAAGGAUCAAGUCAUUUGUAUGAAUAACAAAAAGCAAAACAUGUCAAGUCCUAUUGGAGCCAAGGCAGAAAUUACAAUUAAUAUGAACCAAUCACCAGUAAUGAGAGAAACGAAUCUUGAGGAAGCAGCUCUAGUUAUUGAGACUAUACGGCGUGAGGAGUUUGGUUUGGACCAGGCUCCAAGUUGCACCGAGAAUAGUUUGUUGAAGAAGCAGCAUGCUCGACUUGGCAGGGCACUUCAUUGUCUUUCGCAAGAGUUAUACUCGCAGGAUUCUCACUUACUUCUUGAGUUGAUACAAAAUGCUGAUGAUAAUACUUAUCUUGAGGAUGUCGAACCCACAUUAGCAUUCGUUCUUCGGGAGAAUGGUAUCAUUGUUCUGAACAACGAGAGGGGCUUCUGUGCAGAGAACAUUAGAGCCCUUUGUGAUAUUGGUAAUUCAACAAAGAAAGGAGCCAAUAGGGGUUAUAUUGGAAAUAAGGGCAUUGGAUUCAAAUCAGUAUUUCGGGUAACUGAUGCUCCAGAGAUCCAUUCAAAUGGUUUCCAUGUGAAAUUUGACAUUACAGAAGGCCAGAUUGGUUUUGUAUUGCCAACUGCAGUUCCACCCUACAGUACCAGCUCUUUGAGUAGUAUGUUAUCUGUUGAAGAUGACAAGGACGCUUGUUCCCUCUGGAACACUUGCAUUUUACUCCCCUUUAGAUCUAAAUUCAGGGAUGGCACUGGCAUGUGCUCCAUUGCAUCCAUGUUUUCAGAUCUCCACCCAUCUCUGCUUCUUUUCCUUCACCGACUAAAUUGUAUCAAGUUUAAGAAUGUGCUGAAUGGCACACUACUGAUUAUGAGAAGGAAGGCUCUUGGUGAUGGCAUUGUGAGGAUCUCACAUGGAAAUGAGAUAAUGAGUUGGUUGGUAGUUAGUAAGAAGUUACAGGGCACACUUGUACGCCAUGAUGUGCACACUACAGAGAUCGCUUUGGCAUUUACCUUGCAGGAGACUGAGAAAGGAGAGUAUGAACCUCACUUGAAGCAACAGCCUGUGUUUGCUUUUCUACCUGUAAGGAACUAUGGUCUUAGAUUCAUUCUUCAAGGGGAUUUUGUUUUACCUUCUUCCAGGGAGGAAGUGGAUGCAGAUAAUGCAUGGAACCAGUGGUUGUUGUCGGAAUUCCCCUCUUUGUUCGUCAGCGCGCAAGAAUCCUUUUGUUCUCUUUCCUGCUUCCAGAGGUGCCCUGGGAAAGCUGUUACAGCCAUAAUGAGUUUCGUUCCUCUAGCAGGAGAAGUUCAUGGAUUCUUUUGUAAGCUCCCUCACUUAAUCCUUUCCAAGUUACGUCUUACCCGGUGCAUGGUUUUGGAAGGUUCUAGUUCACAAUGGGUCUACCCAUGCAACACACUCAGGGGUUGGGAUGAACAGACCAAAGUGCUGUUUUCUGAUGACUUGCUUCAUCAGCAUCUUGGUCUUGGGUAUCUAUCAAAAGAUAUCACCAUACCUGAUACAUUAUCAAGGGCCUUAGGUAUUCACGACUAUGGAGCAAAUGUUUUUAUUGAUAUGGUAUCAUCAAUUUGUCAAACUGAGGGUUGCAUUGAGUCCCUGGGGAUAGAAUGGUUGUGUGCUUGUUUUGUUAAUCUUCAUUUGAUGUUGUCGCAUUCUUCUCAAAAUAUUCCCUCGGCAACAAGUCUUGAAGGCGAUCUUUUAUGUGCUCUCAGAAAGUUACCAUUCAUUCCGCUUUCAGAUGGUUCAUUUAGCUCUGUAGCAGAUGGCCCUAUAUGGCUGCCUCAUGAUAUUCUCAACUCGACUCCUGACUGCGAAAGUAGCAUGAAGGAUUUCCCAAUUCUGUAUAGUAAUCUUCGAAUUGUAAGUCCACGCCUUCUCUCUGUGUCCUGUAAAAAUAAGUAUCUCAUGGAAGAAAUGAGAGCAAAUGAUCUGAUGGACAUUCUUAUGAAAAUUGGGGUGAGGAAGCUGUCUGGACAUGAAAUUGUCAAAAAUCAUAUCCUUGUGUCCUUGCCAAAUUGUACAGAUGCUAAGAAGUCCGAUAAGAUGAUGAUAGAGCAUGUGAGUUUUAUUAUGCUUCAUCUUCAGUCUCCAUGUACGAGCUGUAAUUUUGAAAAAGAAGAAAUAGUGUCAGAACUACGGACUAGACCUAUCUUUCUUACAAACCAUGGCUACAAAUGCCCAGCUGAUGAACCCAUUCACUUCAGUAAAGAAUAUGGAAAUUCUGUGGACAUAGGCAAGCUACUUCAAAAUGUUGAAAUUAGAUGGAUUGAACUUGAUAGUUGUUACUUGAUGAAUCAUGGUUCAGAUUUGUUGCCAUCUGUGCUUAAGAGGUGGAGGCAAUUUUUUGAAGAGAUGGGUGUGACUGACUUUGUGCAAGUAGUGAAAGUUGAGAAAAACAUAUCCCAAGUUGAUUCUUCGAUAGCAGAAAGAAUUUCACAAGGUGAUAUUUCUGUAACAUCCUUUAGAGUGGAUGAUUGGGAGUCUCCAGAACUGGCUAACAUUUUAUCAAUAUUUUCUUCAAAAAAAUGCCGAGAAAAUUGCAUAUAUCUUCUGGAGAUUCUUGACAGCUUCUGGGAUGAUUAUUAUAGUGCAAAAUCUUGGUGUCUCACAAACAUGAUCCAUUGUGGUGAAAACAAAACAGUUGAGUCAUCGUUUAUGAAAUGUAUCCGAAGCUUCAGAUGGAUAGCAUCAACUGUUGAUGAUGACCUCCAUUACGCAACAGAUUUGUUUCAUGAUUUUGAAAACGUGCGUUCCCUGCUUGGUAGUGUGGCCCCAUAUGCUGUGCCUCAGGUAUCCAGCAUAUCACUAAGGAAGGACAUUGGGUUUAAAACAAAUGUAUCCCACAGUGAUGCUUUGAUGAUCCUGAAAUUAUGGGUAGCAUCACAAGUUCCUUUUAAUGCAAGUGUGGACCAGAUGUGCAAAUUCUAUACCUUCAUGUCAGAAGGUGCGGCUGAUACAAAGAUUGACAUCAAGCGGGAGUUCAUGUCAUGCCCCUCUAUAUUUACACCAUUACUCCGCUCUCGAUCUAGUGAGGUUGUCCCUGGUAAAUUUUUAUCCCCAAAGGACCUCUAUUGGAAUGACCCAACAGGUUGUUCUGCAACAACAGAUGAAUUAUUUUGGGGAAAGAAGAGAAUGUUUCCGAGAAGGAUGCUGUGCUCAGCCUACCCAAGCCUUUGUGAAUUCUUUAUGGAAGCAUGUGCUGUACCAAAAGUGCCAACAGCAUCUGAUUAUGUAGACAUGGUUUUGCAGCUAUCAAAUGUUGUGCUGCCUUCACAAGUAGUCCAUCAGGUCUUCCGUGUAUUUGUGAUGUGGGCUACUGAUCUGAGUGACAAGAUGAACGACAUAGCUUACUUGAAAGAUUAUCUUCAGAAGUUAGAGGCAACGAUAUUGCCAACCAUGGUUGAUAAAUGGGUCUCUCUCCAUCCAUCUUUUGGCCUCGUUUGCUGGUUAGAUGAUGACGAGUUGAAGCAGCACUUUAAGGACUGUAGUGAUGUUAACUUCAUACAAUUUGGUGAGCUUUCUUCCGGGGAUAAGGAAAUGUUGCAUGGAAGAGUUGCUGCAUUGAUGAAAAGCCUAGGUAUCCCAGCACUUUCUAAGGUUGUGUAUCGUGAAGCAAUAUUCUAUGGCACGGCUGACAACAGGGAAAAGGCUACUUUGAUCUGUGGACUCUUACCAUAUAUGCAACGUUACAUCUAUAAGAUGCAUAAUGAUGCUUAUAUGAAUUUUCAGCAAAAUGAGAUCAUGAAUCUUAGCAAACUUCAGAUUAUUGUUGUUGAAAAGUUAUUCCACAAGUAUAUGCUCAAAGGCCAUGUGAGUUCUUCUAAGAGAAGAUUCAAAUGCCAUUGUCUUUUGCAGGGAAAUAUUCUGUAUGCUACGAAAGAAGCUGAUUCACAUUCAUUGUUUCUGGAAAUUUCAAGACUUUUCUUUGAUGGAUCCCCUGAUCUGCACUUUGCGAAUUUUCUGCACAUGGUCAAAACCAUGGCAGAAUCUGGCACCCCAGCUGAAAAAGUUGAGUCGUUUAUCAGUAAUAAUCAGAAUAUGCCUGUGUUGCCUGAACAGGAAGCAGUUUGGUCCUUCUCUUCCUCGUUUGUAGCUGACCAGUGUGUUGAUUCCAAACCAGUCGAAUCAUCUUCUGCCUGUGAUAUAAAUACUCCCAAGCAUCAGAGGUCAGAUGGAGCUGUUUCAAGUUGGCCAUCUAAUAUUGGGAGAACAACGCCUGAUUUUAGAACAUCUCACAGAAGUAAGCACGAACUCCUGCACGAGAUAAAGGUGAAUGAUGUUGAGUGCUCAAACACAAAAGAUAAUUGGUUUCCUGUUCACCUCGAAGAGGAUUGGCUUAUAGAAGAGGAUAUAAUGGUAGGAAGUCCGGUACACACAGAAAGUACAGUGGCAACCUUGGAUGAGCCUCAGAUGGUGAUUUCCAUUAACUCGGACAAUGCACCUUCUUAUAUAGACUUGGGGACUGGUUCACCCAGUGAAAUUAUCGAUACUGACGUAAUAGACUUCAAUGAUAAAACGUCCAAUGCUUCAAAAGGUAGGGGUAGGCUCCAUAGGGGCGGUCCAGACGCAGCAGAAUUACUAAGAACCGGCAGGGUUGGUGAAGCUCUGGCUUACAAACAUUUUGUUGAUCGGCUAGGGUCCAAAAAUGUCAACUGGGUGAAUGGAGAAACCGAAUCCGGACUUCCUUAUGAUCUUGUCAUCACCCGUGGAGAUAAUUUGAUACAGUAUGUGGAGGUGAAGGCGACUACAUCUUCAAACAAAGAUUGGUUCUACAUCACGGCAAGGGAAUGGCAGUUUGCGUUGGAGAAGGGGGAUGAUUUUACCAUUGCCCGUGUCCUGAUGUCUGGUGAGAAGAAAGCAAGCAUUAAACUGUUGAAAAACCCGCACAAGCUUUGUAAGAAGAAAAAGUUGUAUCUCGCUCUCUUGAUGCCGCUGGGACAGGGAAGCUAACCCUGACGACUAUCUGCAGAUUGAAGUGAUUGUAUGAACUUGUCACUGGUAAUCAGUGAGAUCUCCAUCUUUGCUGUAAGUCUUCUGUCCCUGAGACACAGAUGCGGAAUACGACACACAGAAAUGCAUUUGCUGAUCCAACCUAUGGGUCUAUGACACCCCUCCUGUUUGGGAAAUGAGACGAGACACUUUACUAUAACGAGAUAAUGAUGUGUAAUCAGAGUUUCCCACUACACGUGCUAGCUUUGCACUGCAGAAACACCCAAUCUGGCAAGUUCCUCCCCUACCAGACGAGCCAGUCGAGAUUUUCAUCGGCAUCCUGUCAGCAGAGAACCAUUUCGCUGAAUGUAUGGCUGUGUGGAAGACAUGGAUGUCCGCUGCCCACAAGUCCUCGAACAUUGUGGACCAAUUUUUUGUUGCGCUGGUAAAUUUUGUAGACCCAUCCUGCGGCCAUACUGACAAAUCUUAGCGGUGCACUUCUAUCUAUGGUCUUGAGCUGAUGGAUUUUGUUCUCUGCAGCAUGGCAGAUGAAGUGAACAUGGAGUAGAAAAAGGAGACAUAUUUUUUGGGGCAUUGACUACAUGCCAAUGCUAUAAGACCUGGGUUUGCCUAAGCCGACAGGUUAAAGAGACUAAAUCAUGGUGACUUCUGUGGGACAUAUCAUAUUCUCACUGCGAAUCUGUUUCAUACUAAUGUCUCCAUGUUGCUGGCUUUGGUUCAGUAUAAUAAGUUUUUUUGCAUGUGCUCAGGAAGUUGUUGCCUUGAAUCUUUUGAAUACAUCAUUAUCAGUGCAUACAACAUGUGAAGCUGUUUUGAUACUUUGUUUCAUAGUUGAACUAAGGAACUAUUUUAUUACAUAUUGAUGUUAUUGUUUUACUGAGAUGAGAUAUACAUGCAUUACCACCUUUUGUUUGGUCUAGAUCCCCUCUGAAUGCAAAUAUAGUACUCCCUCCGACAUGUUCUGUUGUUCAUAUGUCAAGCACUAAAGAGUAAGAAGUGACUUCUUACUUAACUUAUUUAGUAAUUCUAUUGCCUCAGCUAACUUCCUUGAUGAAAGAGUCAA